AUGGCAGAAGCAGGCAUUGAUACACAUUGCUGUAGUAUCUGUUUAGAGGAUUUUACUAAACCUAAAAUACUGCCAUGUUUUCACACGUUUUGUGAACAUUGUAUAGACGAACAUAUCAAAACACAUUCACAUCUCAACAAGUUUAAUUGUCCUAAUUGUAGAACAGAGAUACAAGUACCUGAUGGUGGUGCAAGUGGGUUUUCAACAAACUUUUACAUCCAACCAAAAGGUGAAACACAAAAUCAUUUAUGUCCAAGACACAAGACAAAAGAAAUAGAAUUUUUUUGUCGCGAUUGUUUUGUUGCUGUUUGUUGGAGUUGUGUUAUAUUGGAUCAUACAACUCACUCAUAUACAGAUCUUACUGAUGUAGACCAACAACUCAGAGGAAAGUUAAACAUUAUAAAGCGGGAGUUAGAAGGAAAGAUUGAUGAAGUCAACAAACACUGUGAAUCUUUAACCGGUCAAAUAUCUGAUAUCAAGAACCAAGCUAAAAUAGCCUGUGACAAUGUUGAUCAAGAAGUUCAGACAGUUUGUGAAAGGGUCAGAAAACAUGGUAGUGAUAUAAAAUGUGAAAGGAAUAAAAUUUGUGACGAAGAAAGUAACAAGUUACAGACAUUACAUGGAGAUAUGAUCCAAUUCAAAAGUUCGCUACAAACCAGUGUUAAAUAUAUAAAUGAUUCGCUGAAUGGUAAAUCUACUGUUCCAGUUGUAGAUGCUUUAACCAUUGGACAAACACUGACUGAAGAUAGCAGAUCAACCAGUUUUGAUAUACCCACAGUAAGACAUAUCAAUUAUACUAUGGUAGAUAUAGGUGUUACAACUUUACGUGAAUUACUAAAAAAAAUGGAGUCACCAACCUGGACGUCUAGUUUUAGUUUGAAUGAGAUUUUGGAGACAGAUGUGGGUUACUCUGGUGAUGAUGUAAUGAUACAAGGAAUGUCAUGGUGUGUAGAUGUUAUACAUGAAACAGAUACAUCAGGAUUAGGAUGUUAUUUGUGGUUAAGGAGAGUGGAAGAUGAAACAGUUAAAACCGUUACAGCUAGUUAUACACUAAAACUAUUAAAUAUAAACAAUGUAAGUGAAUCUAAAGUAAAACAAUAUACAUCUACAUGUACAUUUAGACCUGAUUGUGGUAAAGGAUGUAGUAAACUCAUAAAGUGGAAUAAACUAGAGGAUGCGGAGAGAGGGUUUAUUAACAAGAAUAAGACAUUUAGUGUGCAGGCUUUUGUUAAAAUAAACAAAAUAGAACGCCACUAACAUUUAUAUUACAGAACAUAUUACGAUAGAUCGAUGUCAGCAUAAUACAUAGAAAUAUCUCUACUCUAAAAUAUGUUAGUUCAAUCACAAACAAAUGGAACUUGGUUACUUGCAUGUCAAAUAUAUUUUAAUGUUUAACUUCAACUGGUUCCCGGAUCCAUUCACUUGAUUUGAUAUUUGUUGUUUAUUUCUUGCAAGGUCGAUGUAGUUUAUCUUGUCCACAGGUUUGUCUUGUCCGUUUUGUUUUGCAUGUAGUGCGGUCCUCCUACACUUACAAACAGAAUAAGUUAUGCAUCAAAGAAUGUGUGUACAGUGGCUGUGUGUUUAAAGGACGUGUGCGCAGUGGUUCUGUGUCCAAAGGUCGUGUGUGCAAUCGUUGUCUGUCCAAAAGUUGUGUGUGCAAAGCAGACCAAACAAACACACCAUCACAAUUAAUAAGUGUUGCGUAAAAUCUUUUGAUGGGCCUCAUUUUUACCAGACUGAAUCCAAGCUUGAAUAUUAUAAAACAUAGAUAUUUAAUUUUUAAUUAAAUAAGAAUCAACGAUUUUACCUAUUUUAUUCUGAAGAUCUGUGAGAACAUCUGAAGCAGCACCAGUGAAUUCUGGUGUAAUAUACAACAAUCUAAACUGACCCCCGAAAAACAAACGUUAAUAUCAGGUUAACCAGACAUAUAGACAGGAUUUCCAGCGCGUUUUUUCCCUGUCAGUGGUGCAGAAUGGAGGACUGACAAUGGACAGUGUAGAUUCGUUCAGAUUGGACAGAAAAACGUGAACCUGUGUACAUGUGUUGCAAGUUAGAAUUUGAAAUAAAAUUCAUUCUGAUUAAAAUACAGAUCUAUAACAACUCUUCCAGAUCCUAGUGCUGUGAAGACAAGUCAAACGAAAUUUUGAACUAUAAAAAACAAAACGAAAUAGGAUCUGUGUUUUAAUUAGAUUGAAUAAAAUUAGACAUAAAAGUGUUUGAGAGACAAUCACAAUACAAUAUUUAUUACCGGGGAAUAUGUAUCAAUGUUCAGCAUUGUAUCAAUGUUCAGCAUUGUACCAAGUUUUACUGUUUUAUAUGCAAGGGUUCAUCAUUCUAUUUUAUAUUUGUGUAAAA